CAAGCUUUAUUUCAGAAAUAUUAUAUCUAAAAUUUGUAAAAAACAGUUAUUUUAAUAGCUAAAUCUCAGCUCAAUAUGGAUUUUAAAAAACACGAGUUGGAGAUACCAGAUUUUGAUGAUUAUUUCAAAAACAACAUGGUUGAUAUGGAUGCCAUUACUCUCACAGAAGAUGAUAUUGACAACCCAUAUGUAAAAUUAAAUGUUACAAUGCUUUCAAAAUAUCCUAUGGAACAUUUAAAACAGUGGUUAGUAUUUAGAGGAGACACUCUACGUGGUAUUCACACACUAAAAGAUGCCCAAGUUAGAGUAUGGAACUACUUUGAGAAUAAAAACAAUCAGAAGAUUGUUGAUCCAACACCUGAUAAGCUUUGGAUUAGGAAAAAAGCAAUGGAGCUAGGAAAAAUUUUAAAACCGCUUUGGAAAGAAGGCUCACUACCUGAAGCACCCUCAGCAAUACAAAAUGAUAUGAAAAAUCCAUUGGACCUCACUGGCUGGUCAAAGUCUUUGCAAGGUGUACCUGUCUUUACCGUUACGCAAAUGACAGACUAUCACACAAAAGUAAACAAUACAUUUGUUGAAAAGGCUAAAACAAUUAAAAAACAUUUUGCAAGAGGUGAACAAUUUGUAGAAGAAAAAUACAUUGAUACCAGCACAAUAUAUGUCAAACAAGACAAUAAUAUAUUUUGUAUAAAAGGUAUAGCUGCUGCAAGUUUAAAAAAAAUGAAUAGAUGGGUGUUUAUUGUACUUAACAAAAUUAAUGGUGAAGUUGUAUUUGCACAUUGUCAAUGUCCAGCCGGAAAAACCGGCACAUGUUCGCAUUGCUAUGCCGUUAUGAAACUGUUAGCUAAAUGGGUAGUUGAUGAAUUGCGUAUGAUUCCAGAGCCUAAAGCAUGCACAUCAAUGCCAUGUGUUUGGAAUGUACCGCAGGCAAGAGAAUAUAUGCAAAAGCCACCUGUCUCAGAACUAACCAUUAAAUCACCAGAUUCAAAAAGGAAUGCCACAAAUACUGAAGGAGCUUCUAAAAAAGGAAUUACAUCUUCAUUGUACGAGCCAAGAUCUGAACAUAACAGAGACACACGUAGUGACAGUUUGAGAAUUUUGCUUGACAACGUCACUAAUUUUCAUGGCAAAGCACAUGCACCAAAAAUUAUGAACACAAAUCCUCAGCUAUACACGCAAACACAAUUUGGGCCGGUGCCAUUUGGAUCUAUUCUGAGCUAG